GGCGGCAGCGGGCAGAGGAGGAAGUUACUCUAGUUACUUUUCACAGAUGCGUUCUCCGUGCGGUGUAUCGCGUUGCGCGAGUUAGGCAGCGGGAGGAGACGUGGGUGGUGAGCAGGGGGUAGGCAGUGGAUGACGACGGAAUGAGCGAAUUGCGCGUCUCGCGAAUCCCGGGGGGCGUUGGACUACGAUCGACGAGACGCGAGCGAGAUCACGGGAGCGGCUGCAGGAAGAUGCUGUCGUGAGCACCACGGUAAAUAAUCGACGAGGACGCGAGAUAUUCCCGCGACCUGGCUCCCGGGCGAGAGAUAGAGCUGAGCCUUUGGCACGACGGACGAACGCGAUAAAACAAUGUUGUUGUGAGUCAGCCGAGCCGCUGGGAGCAAUUCUCCGUGUCAGUGAGAGGCGAGAGGAGAGGACGAUGCCGUCUACGUUAGAUAAGACGUGCUAAUCGUCCGCGAGACCGCCGUCCUAGGAGCAAUGGACGAUGAACAGCCGGUGAGGGAGGCCAACAAGAUAUGCGGAGUCUGCGGCGACCGGGCGCUCGGCUACAACUUCAACGCGGUAUCCUGCGAGAGCUGCAAGGCCUUCUUCCGGAGGAACGCGCUGAAGAACAAAGAUUUUCGGUGUCCGUUCACGGAAAACUGCAACAUCACACCAGUGACUAGACGCUUCUGCCAAAAAUGCCGCCUGGACAAGUGCUUCAAUAUCGGUAUGCGCAAAGAGUACAUUAUGUCUGAGGAGGACAAGGUCCUGAAGCGCAAGAAAAUCGAGAAAAACCGAGCCAAGAAGCGUACCCAGUCGGACAACGUCAAAGCGUUGAAGAUCAAGAAAGACUGCGUGGACAGCUGCACGUUCGAGGACACGUCGAUGUCUGUUAACUCGGUCGCUUCCACUAUGUCGGAGACGUACUUCUGGGAGUCCGAUCGCAAGUACGCAGACUUGGACGGCAACAGGCAGAAUGUGGUGGAGAGUAUGAGUCCAGUGACGGCAGCCAGCGUGCCGAGUCCUUCUAGUCCACCUGAGAGCACGAAUAUUGCCGAGACAAAGACGCUGGACAUGUUGAAGGAGUCUGCUCAUAGUUCGAGAUCAAGCUUUGCCAGUCGUUCGAGACUCAACGACUUCAACGUGGUGCCUCAGAACAUGGAGAAGGAUAAAGAGGAUUCUCCCACGAGUUCGGGCAAGUACGAGCAGAAUACAUUGGAGUUUAACUCCACGUUUGUCAACGCUAACGACGAAUCAUCCAAGUACAACUCUCAGUUCGAGGAGAGUGCGUCUAGUUACUUCAAGUUCGAGCAGAGCCAUGAGCAAAACCCCAACGCAUACGUCGAUCGCACUUCAUACACCGGCACGAGUCAGUCCGACUCGAACUUGGGGUCGCAGUCCAUCAAGGAGGAGGCAACGAUAUGCCAGAAGUCCAAGGAAACGUGCUCGAGCGGGAAUAGUUUAGCCGUCAAGUUCAAGCAAGAUCCCGAAUUGCUCUCUAAGCUGAUCAGUAACCCGAACUUGGUUACGAAGAUACUCCAAGAUCAGCGAGUGAUCAUGAAGAUCAUGACGGAUCCUGACAUGGCCACAUGCUUGACGGCGGAUCCACAUAUAAUGCAGUUCUUGAAGGAGAACAGUGCGAUUGAGAUGACCUACGAGCGUGACUGCGACGAUGAGAUGGCAGGUCGAUCGGAGGCGCCUGAGAGCGCCAGUGUGUCGGGUAGCAGCGGCACCACGACAACCAGACAUACGCUGAAGUUCAAGGGUAGCCACGUGGAAAAUCCGAUCCUGACGGACUUAAUCACGAAUCGCAACGCUGAAGAGUGCAAGAAUCAAAAUUUGGAGCCCGCCGCUGGCGCGGACUGGAACAAAAAUCCAGCGGACGUGACCAGAGACGUUCUUCAGGAUGUUCAGAGGAUACCGAUCGCUGCCAACUCCAUCGAGUCUAUCUUAUGUGAGGCUAUCAAGUUGGAAUAUUCGGCGUUUUCUAGUCUUGGCGUAAAUCAAAGCAGUAGGGAAUUAAAUGACGCCGAGAGAGCGAAAUUGAAUGAGCUGAUAGUUGCCAAUAAAGCAUUGUUAGCUCCGUUAGACGACGAUAUAACGAAUUUAGUUGGCGAUGAAUGUAAAUUCAAGAAUAAUUUCGGGCAAUCUGACCCAAUGCUGUUAGACGUUAUAAAUCUGACAGCUAUAGCAAUUCGACGGCUGAUAAAAAUGUCGAAGAAGAUAAACGCCUUCAAGAAUAUGUGUCAAGAGGAUCAGCUAGCUCUGCUGAAAGGCGGUUGCACGGAGAUGAUGAUCCUAAGAUCAGCCAUCAAUUAUGAUCCGGAUAAAGACAUGUGGAAGAUACCCCACAGCCAAGAGAGCAUGUCGAAUAUCAAGGUCGACGUUCUAAAGGAAGCGAAGGGGAAUCUGUACGCGGAGCAUGCGAGAUUCGUCCGAACGUUUGAUUCGCGAUGGAGGGACGAAAACAUCAUUCUAAUUUUAAGCGCAAUCGCCUUGUUUACGCCCGACAGACCUAGAGUCGUGCAUCGCGAUGUUAUUAAAUUGGAGCAAAAUUCGUAUUAUUAUCUCCUCAGACGAUACCUGGAGAGCGUUUAUCCCGGUUGCGAGGCCAGGUCCACAUUUCUCAAGUUAAUACAGAAGAUUUCCGAGCUCCACAAACUGAACGACGAAGUCGUGGGUGUUUACUUGAACGUCAACCCAUCGAGCGUGGAGCCGCUGCUUAUAGAAAUAUUCGACUUGAAGCACUGAUUAGCCGGUAAAAUGUUAUGUCAGUUCCAAUUCUGCAUGCGCAUAACGAUUCGAGCUAUUGCACUAGGGAACUUUCCUUAAUAUUACCGCCGGGGAACGUAUUCCUCGGAAUAUCCUACAAAGAAAAAAGUAAAGACGAUAUCAAGAAAAUUGUUAGUUGUAUUGACGACUUCAAUAUUUAUGAAGGUAUGAUCGUUGUAAAUUUCUCUACGUUGCCUCAUUCGUAUAGACGAUGAUGUGUUAACAAUAUGAGCUUUUAAGUCUCUUCGAACAAUAGAACGAAGAAUAUAUGUAUGUAGAGUAUAGAAUUAAUCUGGUGUGAAAAUCGAGACAAGAGCUCCACUCACAUACAAUGUGAGCGAGUCACACGUGAAAGCGAUAUAUCGAUGUUUAUCACAGUUUAAUACCUCUCACUCCAAGCGAAAGGCAUUUACGCACGCGCGAUGUUUCUCGUCGGAAUAAAUAAAGUCGACAAUUCCAGCAGAAUACGACCCGCUAAUAUGCGGUCUCAGAGUUAUUAACGACAGUAGCAAUAUUUAGCUUCGCAAUAAGCACAUGUUAUAUCGUUACAUACUUCGUGAAGUAUCUUUUGAGCUCUAUAUCAUAUUCUCAUUGCGUAUCCAAAGUAAACGUACGCGUACAACGACAACGCAAUGAUUCCUAGAUGGCUGUUCCAAUCAUGUUUUUCCUCACAGAGAUAGAGAUAUAUAUAUAUAUUUUUUUUAACACUUGAAUGGUCAAAUUUUACAUCUUAAGCAAGCGUGUUAUUUACAUAUAACAAGGCUUGUGUUCACAAAAAAUCGAGAAUCUAUCGAUUUACAACAAUCCAAUCGAACAGAUAGUAAUAUAGUAUUAUAAUAUAGUACUAUAUUCUACACUUUUAUUAUUAUGGAUUACAUAUAGUAAUAUAUGUCGUUAAAAAUUCGUGCUUCUCGAAAGAACAUUUCGAGGAAACAAGAUUUUAAUGCAAAUUUUAAUGGUAAUGAAAUUACGAUAAUUUAGCUUUAGCCAGAGUAUAUGUGUAAAUAAAUGCAAGACAGGAGACAUACUUGUACGAGUGUACGUGUUGUUGUUGCAAUGUACACGAUAAAUUGUGAUAUACUCGGACAUAAAUAUAUUUUUCAAAAGGGCGUUGCACAUAAUUUUACAUCGAUAAGUUCCUCGCGGCGUAGGUGUAUAAGGCCUUUCUACUACCGUAUAUUUAUUUAAUUUAUGACGAUGAUAAGUGUUCAUGUAUGUCUCACUUACUGGGAUACGAUACGUCCUCUCGGAGUUUGUUAAUCAUCUGUGUUCAUUAUUUCUUGUCGGUAGGAGGCCGAGAAUGUACAAAAUGAUGAGCACUAUUACGGUGGUAGAGGCCACGAAGAAUAUCAAAUUGAGGAAAGAUACAAAUAAAUAGAAGACAAUUUUAAAAA